AUGUCAGAGGAAAAUAACGAGUCGGAUAUUCAACUCCUUUGGAAUAAUUAUAAAAAAUGGUUGUUGGUCAGUUUUUAUAAAUAUGUCGUAAUUGCUUAUAAUCCGUGGGUUUUGACGAAUUUAAAUGGAAGAACAUAUACGAGAACAACAAACGAUAAAAGAUCAGUACAGGAAAUUAAUUAUUCGACCAAUGGAGAAUUUGUUUGUUUUCCCGAAGUCGGUUGUUUCGCCGUGGGAAAUCCGUGGAAAUCAAAUUUUCGUCCGAUACCGAAACCAUUUGCACCGGAUAAAAUCGACACGACAUUAUUUUUUUUCUCGAGAAAAAAUUCAAAAGAUAAAAUAGAUAUUAAAUUAUAUCCGAAAUUAAAUAUGAAUAAUGUUAAAUAUAAUCCGGAUAAACCGACAAUGAUACUCGCACACGGUUUUGCAAGUUCCGGCGAUGCCUCCUGGAUGUUGGAUUUAAAAGAUGUCUACCUGAGUAAAAAAGAUGCAAACGUUUUUCUGGUUGUUGGAAACAUACGAGUCGUUGGAAAACAAUUGGGAAUGUUUGUGAGUCAUUUGAUUGAAAAAUACAAAGCGAAACCGAAAAAAUUUCAUUUGAUAGGACACAGUUUGGGUGCACACAUUUGUGCCUACUUAGCUAAAGAUGUACCUGGAAUAGGUAGAUUGACAGCAUUGGAUCCUGCUCAACCGGGUUUCGAAGGUUUCGAUAAACUCGUCAGGUUGGAUAGUAGCGAUGCGGAAUUCGUUGAAGUUGUACACACGAAUGCAAAACCGUUUCCGAUUUUGGGUUUCGGCAUGAUGGCUCCCUACGGUCACGUGGAUUUUUAUAUGAAUGGCGGUUUCGAACAACCCGGAUGUUUACCGAUACCGAAAAAAGAACUUCCGCCCGUUAAAAAUCUUAAGGAUUUAGCUAAUUUUCCAGUCGAAUUAAUUUCAAGAACGAUUACUUGUCCCCAUUCGAGAGCGUAUCAAUUUAUAACGGAAGCUUAUAAUCAAACCGGAGACUGUGUUUUUUGGGGUAGGAAAACGACCAUUAAAAACAUGGCUAAAACUGUUAUGAAUCACGUUUUGCAAGAAGUUUUUGGUAAAGUAUAUUAUUUUUCGAAAAAUCGUAAUGCAAAUGAUGGGAUACCCAUGGGAUUCGAAACGAUAUCGUCACCUCUGAGGGGAUCUUUUAUCGUGACGACAGGACGAGAGACGCCAUUUUGUAAGGCAUAUUUUUAA